AACGCGCCGUAUUGCCCAAGUCAUUAGGAAGCCAGGCAUUGUGGGCGGAGCCUAUCAGGUGCGUGUGGAUGAAAGAGCCAAAAAGUGUUAGAAGUUGGCGCAGACUUGAAGGAUAACAUGUGGCUCCAUUGGCGGACGUGAAGGAGAGCAGGACGGGACCGUUUGAAAAAAAAAUGAGAUUAUGACUCGUGAAGAACGACAUUGUGGACCGAACACGACCUGCUGGACCUGACGGGAACCAUGAAGUCCAGAAGUCAGGACCAGAGUAUGUCCGAGUCCACCGAACUGGACCGAUCCUACGACCUCCUCACAGGUGUGUUGACGCCAGUGUCUCAGGGAAGUCAAAGGCAGCUAUGGACGGCACAAGCUCCGCUUUUCUCCGGUAACCCGCCAUCCGAACCUAGUAAGAAGAGCAUAAAGCAACGACUCCUCAAGCUGCUGCCGUGCUACCACUCGGGCUCCAGCCUGCCCGUCAAUCAAAGCAACGAGAGCGACGAUGUCGAGCUGUCAGCUGUGCGCUGCCGACCUGAAGCAAUUGAACGUCUGGUGGAGCAGACCAACUUCAGCAAGAAGGAGCUGCAGGUUCUUUAUCGAGGAUUCAAAAAUGAGUGUCCCAGUGGUGCUGUGGAUGAAGAAACUUUCAAAAACAUAUACUCUCAGUUUUUUCCUCAGGGAGAUACAAAUAUGUACGCACAUUUCCUCUUUGAAGCUUUUGAUGCGCACAACAGUGGAUCUGUCAGCUUUGUGGACUUUGUGUUAAGUCUGUCCAUCAUCCUGAGAGGCUCGAUCAACGACAAACUCAACUGGGCCUUCAACUUGUACGACCUCAACAAAGAUGGCUGCAUCACUAAAGAGGAGAUGACGGACAUCAUGCAGUCCAUUUACAACAUGAUGGGCAGGUACACCUUCCCCUGCAUGAGGGACAGCGCCCCCAAGGACCACGUGGAAACCUUCUUCCAGAAAAUGGACAAGAACAAUGACGGCGUGGUCACCAUCGAGGAGUUCUUAGAGACCUGCCACAAGGAUGAGAACAUCAUGCAGUCCAUGCACAUGUUUGAUAACAUCAUCUAAGUCUCACUGGACUCCAACUAGAAGCUUCCUCCAACUCAGUGCUGCAACAUUUCAAACGUUUGUGUGUGUGUGUGUGUGUGUGUGUGUGUGUGUGUGUGUGUGUGUGUGUGUGUGUGUGUGUGUGUGUGUGUGUGUGUGUGUGUGUGUGUGCGCGUGGGUGUGUGUUCUCGUAUUUCUACCCUUCUUGAGACAUCAACAAGAAAAGACCGAAAUCAUGGUCCCCGUACUAAAAACCAUUGCAUCUAACAGAGAAUGUCUCAUUUGCACCCCUGGUGGUGAAAUCUAUCAAAAUGAGGGUGGUCCCAAAAAAGAGGGAUUUUUCAAAUUGGCUGUGUUUAAAUUUAAGUGCUCCCCCUCUGGUCAACACAUGAAAUAAGCGUGUGUAAAAAUAUGAAGGGCUCCACCUUUGGCCAACAUAUGAAAUAACAAGUGGGUGUAAGAAAUUGUAAUAUGCCCCCUUUGGCUAAAAUGUAUUAAAAAAUAUAAAAUAAAUAUGUAUAUAGAGACACUGUAAUAACGUGUGUGUGUGUGUGUGUGUGUGUGUGUGUGUGUGUGUGUGUGUGUGUGUGUGUGUGUGUGUGUGUGUGUGUGUGUGUGACCUAUACAUAGGAGCAUUUUGUGACACAACAUUACACACAACAGGCAAAGACAGUGAAGCUAUAAACUAAUAUUUAUAAACAUUUAGUAGGAGCUUGUACAAAAUAAAUGCACUGUAGUAAUAAACAUAAAGGGGACCUCUUCGGUCUUUUCUGACCUAUAUUGUAAUUGUUGUUACAAUGUGGGAAACUUGUGUUAAACAAUGUCAACGCAUCGAAUCACAAGGCUCAUGCAAUUUGUUUUGAGCUUUUACACACUUUUGAUGCUUCUCAACACUUUUUUGUUUUUCAGCGAGGGCAGACUGUGCCAGCUGUGGGCAUUCUAGUGCAAUACUAUUAGAGGAGCUGCUAAACUCCAAUGAAAAACAAUUCUAAAAAGUUUGCACUGUUGCGACAUUACAACUUGUGAAGAAAUACUAAGAAAAGUAGGUGUUAUUUCCAUCUAAUGGUGGCAUGCAGUGACAUAAAUGCUGCUAAAACAGAUGUUUUUGAUGCAGCACACAAU